CUUCAGUUCCAGCUCCUCGUUUAUCCAUGUUCUUGAUAGGCUUUCAAAGGAAGUGAUCAGCUCAAAAGUACUUUCAACAAUGGUGAAACUCCAAAAACCAGAGGUUGAUCAUCAUAUUAUCAAGACAAGCGAGAUUUCGGACCCUGAUUUUAUAGUAAUAAAUCUUUCUUUACGAGCCCGUUCAGAAGCUCCAGUGUGCUCAGCUGAAGAAGAAAAGACUACCUCAGAUAUUCUUGCAGUUCAACUUACAACACGGAAUCGGUUGACGAUUUUAAUUUUCGCUUGCAUUGGAAUUUUCCUGAUAUUUCUUACCCGCUUGUUUCCGUCUGGAUUUUACUUGUACUUCGUUCAAAAAUCAGGCUUCAGGACCAUCAUAGGUAAGAUUAAGGGUGCGCCUAUUUUAUUAUCAUAAAUAAUCAUCACUUUUCUAAGUUUAAACAUAGGUUGGUAGAUUUUAUAGUUUUCCAAGCUAGAUAUAUUGGGACACCAAUCACCAUUUAAUAGUAAUCAACUCAGCUGAUAGCGAAGUUGCAAUAACACCUGUAAAUUUCCAAGUAAUAAGUAGCAAUAACAACUUCUCCUCAGGUACCGUGUCGAUUUCUGCUGCUCUAAUCACUUCACCCUUGGGCCCCUACGUCUACAGAUUUCUACCACAAUUCAUCAGAAAUACCUCACUUUUCAAAAGGUGCCUAGGAUUGAGCUUUAUCAACCUGAUAUUCACUGCUUUGAUGGCUUUGGUACAAGUUGCAGCUGAUAGAAACUGUGGACCCGCUGUCAUCUUCGGAACUAUAGCAUUGUUGAGGGGAGCCCAAGGUUUUGCAAUAGGCAUAAUGUUUGUGUUUGUUCAGGGUGAGAUCAUUGAUCUGUAUCUUAAAGAUGAUCAGAAGUCGAUGAUCUUGAUUAGCAGUUUUAUGCAACUGGCAGCGAUGGUCUCAACGAUUAUGGGCACUGAGUUAUAUGCUUCUGGUGGAUGGGUCUUAGUUGGAUUUGGCGUGGCUUCCUUCAACAUCCUUCCCCUUGUGAUUCUACCGUUUCUUAAAAACAUUAAGGUGGAGGAAGGCGUCCAACAGAAAGUUGAAAAUAGCGAUACAGCAGUACAAAGUAAGGGCCCUCAAACUGUGUCACGGAGGCUUGCUUACUACAUUCCAGACGUAGUCCUGUUCCUGAAUAACAUGGUUGUAGAGCUGCUAGUUUACGUGCUCCCCCCGAGAAUUGUACAGUCCACUACCAUGUCCAUCACUUCGGCUGUGUCUUUACUACGUAUCCUUGGUAUUGCUUCGUUUCUCUCUGCCUUAACUUUGAGUUUCAUUGCCGGAAAAUUCAAAAAGUUGAAUACUCUCGGCAUAAUGGCAGCGGGAAAUGUAUCUUAUUACUGUGGUGCUGCUGUGGCGUACGGAGCAACAACGUACCACUUCAGGUUCCUGGGUGUGACACAUCAACUGAUUAUUGGGCUGAUAUUAAUGGGGCUAGGUGGGGCUUGCCACCUUAAUCUCUGCAUUCCUAGCAAGUUUUACCUCCACGAUAAGUGGAACCUGAACAAGGACUGUCUCGGACAACAAGCCGCCAAGAUCUACAACAUCGUUAUCAGCCUUUCUUCUAUGCUUGGAACAAUCAUCUCAGCCUUGUCGCUGACUUGUAAAAGUGAGAUACCGACUGUAGCGGGUAUAUCAGGACUUGGUGUAGUUCUAACUGCAUGUCUUCUGUUGUGUUACCUCGUUAAAUAACGUAGCAGGAUUUACUUAUUAUUUAUAACUUUUGGUAGUUGUGUAACAUACAAUUGGAAUGUUUACUCGGUUGAAUAACCUUUCAAUGCAUUUGACUAAUAUUAACAUCGAUGUAAAAUGUAUAUCGAUUGUUUUUUGUAUGAAUAUUAUCAUUAUCUUAACUUUAGUGACCAACUAGAACUGAGACUUUUACUUUUUCCUUUCAUCCAGUUACAAUCAAAUUUAAUAAGUUGGGAUUUUGAAAUCUCUUUUUGAAAAGCAACUACAUCUAAAUCUGUCGACGAAACUGCAUUAAGUAUCACUUAAGUUACAAGUUUUCACAAAAACAUAGAAAAAAAGGUGCAUACCGUCUUUUCUUGGGCAGUUGCCAUUGUCCUAGAUAUAAGAGAUUCUAGCACGAAAUAGAUCAUUUUCUAGUCCAAACAAACAAGUUGUAUCUUUGUCUGAAUAGAUAUAUAAUGUUCCAACCCAUGAUAUUAUGUAAAACCUUAAUAUUUGUGCAGUAUCCAUAACAUCUUCUACUUUUCAGUUUAUGAAGAACACCUGCAAUUCUAGCUUAGUGAAUGCUCUACGGACACUGCAGCAAACCUUGCCUGGCUUAAAUUCUAUUAAUCAGUAUCAGACGAAAUGUGUCCUGGAGUUUAUAAACAAGACAUAUUUCCAACACUUCAACUUGUACAAGUACAUCCUGACCCUUCCCCGACAGCAGGACUACACUCGGCUUGAUAAGAUGUUUACGUUCUGGAGGAACCCAACUCUUUAAGUGGGGGUGUUGAAGAGCAUCAGUGGAGAUACGACGAGAAGAUGAAGUUAAUAUCACAACAACACGCAGCCGCCAUGGCAGAAGCUGAGAUAGAGUCACGGUCUCGGCCCGUUGAAAGACUCGACAAACGGGGCCGGGUACACCAAGAUAACAUUAAUGAUUUGGUGACAUGUUACAUUAGAAAUCACUUUGAAAACAUUGAAACUGAAGUCAAGAGGUCACUCAAGAUCACUGAAAUAGCUAUGGAAAAAGAAUUGGCUGUUAUCGAGGCUGGAAUAGCACGGAACAAAGAAAAAGAAGAAGGGUCCACCAAUCCCACAACCCCUCCCAAGAAACCAAAAAGUCCAAAAUCUGCUCAAAAAUCUGCCACCAGAAAGAAAUCUCCCGGGAAGAAAUAAUUGAAUAAUAUACAGUUAUGUGAUGGAACACAUGCCAGUUGACAUUGGCUUAUUUCAGCUUAUUGGAUUAUUUUCAGCUACAUAUUAAUACAGCCAUUCACUGAUGAUUUGAUUAAUUUAAAAAACACUUUUCAGUACUCUGAAUUUAACUCGCAUGUUGCAGUGUACCGUUUAUUCUGUACUCUGUAAUUACUAUAAAAAUGCAUCUUAUGCAUUAUCUCUCGGGAGCAAUGUUUAACA